AAUAGGCUCCUUUGAAAAAGGUAGCAUUCUUCCAAGCAGAUGCAUCUGUCACCUUGUUAGGAAAAAUGCAGGGAUUUCCUACCUAAUCCUUUCCAUGUCUGGACACCUACAUGGGAUAAUUGUGACUAAGCCAGUUUAGUCUGACUUGAAAUAGGUAUAUUAAGCAAGCGCAUUGUCAAAUUUAAAUAUUCACAUUUCAAACACUGUCUUGAAGUCCGAGCGCAGGUUGGAUUCCCAUCAGAUCAUGAUUCUAGGAAUGCUCUCUUAUUCUGCAAAAGACUAUUUGGAGCAGCACUUCUAACUAAUAUGUGUAUGCACAUCUUUAAAUUGCUGCAGAUGUUAAUAAUACUUUAAUGCCACAAACUCAAAGGAUAUCAAAUGGGAUGUAUUAAACCAUUGUUGCAUAUGGUAGCGCUGAUGGGGAUUGCUGAAAGUAAAGAACACCUGCAGAUGAACUCCACUUGUUAUUUUGUGGAAAUACUGCUGAAGAGAAUUGUAUUGUCAACUAAAGUGGUUUCAGAAUUAGAUAUUUUAAUAAAUACAUAUUUUAGCACCUGGAAAGAGUGGAAAGAGUUGCAAGAGCCUUUAUUAGGGUUUCUCACUUAUACUUUGCAUAAUUUUAAAAGCAUGUUAAAAUACAAAUCAAGAUCCUAAAAGAUAUAAAUGCUUAAUCAGUUGAGAUGCUAUAUGUCUCUGACAAGGCAUCUCUGAUUGAUAAGCUGUUCCCUAUUUUUUUUUUUAAAGUAGUACUCUUCUUGAAGAGAAUAUUCAGUUUCUGCAAUAUGCACGUAAUGAAUACUGCCCUCUGACUGUUGAUAUCUUCUAGCCCUCAACUCUGUAUUUUAAAUGCUUACAGCUUGUGUGUCCCUGUGCUUCCUAGCCCAUUUUUUUUCUUUUUGGGGAGAAUUUACUAGCAUUCAAUAUGUUUGGUACAUAAAGCAAAGUUAAACUAUUAGGGAAUAAUUUUCAUCCAAGAUGCUAUCUUAUGUCGAAAGGAAAGUUCACAUCUACUGAUGGACAAGUGAUAAGUGUAGAUUACUGAACAUCCUGUACUAUUUUUUUAAAAGGAGUAGGGUGUGCUUUAAUUAGAAAGGUACUAAAGGGCAUUAAAGGAUUAGCCAAGGAUGACUCCUCCCAUAUGUUCAGUAGCGUUGUGGCGCUGUGCAGAAAUCCAUUUGCACAGAAAUCAUUUGAAUGGUUAUUAAAGCUGUACCAAGAAUUGUUAGGCUAUUUUCUAUUAAUAUCCCACAAACAUUAUACUAGACCAAAAUUUCCUUGUCUUAAAGAAAUUAUAGGGUAUGUAGAUAGGCUACAAAAGCCUAUUAGUCAUGUAUUAAAUUUCACUCAAAUCAUGCAUAUCCACCUACAUAAAGAUUUAGAGUGGUGCUAUUGUAAACCUAGAAGUAAAAUUGCCUACUUAUGUGAUCAUAGGGCAUCUUCCAAGUGCCCUCCAAACCUAGAUGCAUUUCUAUGAUCAUUUUUAGUUUGUAAGUCUUUUCAGCCAACUGGUUUGAGUACUGGACUAUGACUGUCACUAGUGUUCGAUUCCCCUUUCAGCCAUGGAAACCCACUUGGUCACAUUGGGCAAGUCACACACUCUCAGCCCCAGGAAAUUCCAUAUGAGGUCACAACAAUGCAUUUUUCUCCCAGUGUGUUGCAUUUCUGACUUCUCAAACCAGCUGUUUUAUCACUUGCCUUUUUGCCAUGGUUUUGUUUCCCAUUACCAGUUUUUUUCUGAAGCCCAUGAAGCCUGAUCCAGGGAUGCUUAGUGAGUGCAAACACCUGCCAGGAAGAGAAAAUAAGCUUUUGUAAAUUAAUAGCAUCACCUUGCAUCUGCUCUUAACCUGGAUAAGAGGUACCAGUUUAGAAGGAACCCUGGUGCUUUGGAUUAUUUUCUUACUGGAAGGGCAAAACUAACAAACCUCUACUGUUCUAUACUUUAAUGCACAACCUUUUGCCUCUGAUGCAUCUCACUGAACAAUUUCUGGGCAUGAUCUUAGUAAUGCUUGCUAAGGUCAGGAGGCUUGUGCUUUUCCCCCCGUCCCAGCACAUCCUGGUCACUGUUUCUGAUCUGUUUCUGAAUGGAGGGACUUGCCACUAUGGACAGUACUUACUGUUUUAUACAUGGAGGCUGCCCAUUCAAAGCUUAGAAUUGUUGUAUUGGAUGAAAACUUGCCAUUAAAUUAUUAUAGAGCCCCGCUUUAUCAUAACCAGUAGCAGCCAGCUGGCAGUUUCCACGUUUGUGGAGAAACGAAUUCAUGCCACAUUUUAGCAGCAGCUAGAUUGAAAAGAGCUCUCCAAGGUAUUAGAAUACGGUUCAGCACUUCAUAGAACUUCUUUGAAGCUUGGAUUCAUACGUCUAUUGAUAACUGCUGCCAUUCACUAGCAUUUGCUUAAAGAUAUCCUGACAUAGGAAGGUAUAUUGACUUCUGCGGUGGCUUGUUCUGCAGCCAGAAAAAAAAUACAUACCAUUAGGGAAGAUCAUUAGUUUAAGGCAGUGGUUCUCAACCUGUGGGUUCUCAACCUGUGGGUCCCCAGCUAUUUUGGCCUACAACUCCCAGAAAUCCCUACCAGUUUACCAGCUGUUGAGAUUUCUGGGAGUUGAAGGCUGAAACAUCUGGGGACCCACAGGUUGAGAACCACUGGCUUAAGGCUUUUUCUUAUAAUUUGAAAUCUACAACAGCAAAAAAUAAGCUUGCUCUGCCAAUACAGGACAACUCUGUAUGUUUUAAGACUCAUACAUUGCAUUUGUGCAAACUUAUCUAUCUCCUUCGAUUAUUCUUCAUAGAAACCUUUUUUUUCCAGCCGCCUCAACAUCUGUUGUCCUGUGCUGGAUAUGCUCUACUUUGUUGAUAGCCUUCCUAAAUUGGGCCAAGAUCUGAACAUAACCCACCCAUGGUGACCUCAUACCACUAUUUCUCUUCAUUUGGGUCCUAUAGUUUUGUUGAUGUGCCUAUAAUUGCAUACAACUGUUUAGAUGUCACAUUGUACAGGUGAUCCAGUCUUGUGCAUUGGUACCACUGUUUUGUAGGUUUUAGAUUUUUUUACAUUGUACAUUACAAACUAGUUUAAUUUCUUCCUAUCAAUUUCUUCCUACCAGUUUUCUGCACUGUCCAGGUUUCAAACCUGGACAGAAAAACUGGAAGUACAAUGCCAUGGAUGAUUCAAGGGAGAUAUUGACAAUCUGGAAUGUGCCCAGAGGAGGGCAAUUAAAAUGAUUAAGGGUCUGGAGAACAAGCCUUAUGAAGAGCGGCUUAAAGAGCUGGGCAUGUUUAGCCUGCAGAAGAGAAGGCUUUCUGCCCAGAGUGUGGUUGAGGCUCCUUCUUUGGAGGCUUUUAAGGAGAGGCUGGAUGGCCAUCUGUUGGGGGUGCUUUGAAUGCAAUUUUCCUACUUCUUGGCAGGGGGUUGGACUGGAUGGCCUAUGAGGUCUCUUCCAACUCUAUGAUUCUAUGAUUCAGAUGACAGUAUUCCAAUGUACAUUUGCCAUAAAUUCUUCAGUGGCCAUCUGCAAUCCAUCUAAGCGCUUGAAAGAGCACAUCAGACUGAAAUCCAGUGCCCUGUGGGAUAUAACAAUGUUAAUAGAUGAAAAGAUUGAUUCCUUUUUAAUGAAGAAUCCUAUCAUUCCAUCUGCUAUCUCUUUGCUUCCUGUCUAGCCAACAUGAUUUGCUGACCCAUUUCACUACAUGGAUGUAAUCAAUUGGAUCCUACCACUUAACCAGAGCAACAUAUCCACCAAGUAGACUCCAUUUACUUAUUCGUGCCUCUGUGUCUCAAAACAAAGAAAACUAACAUUGUCUUAAUAUCUAUCGUGACUCUUUUUUUAAAAAAAAUGGAAAUUGGCUUAAGGUAUUAAUAUAAAAAGUAGGUAGCUGCAUCUAAUGAUUUUUUCCUCUGAGUAAUCUGAACCAUCUGCCUCUGGAUACUAAGGACUUCACUGCCUUAAUCCAGAUUAUGGCUGACAAACUGUUUUUGGCAUACAGUUUUCGCUAGCACGGUGCCCUUCACCAGCUUCUCCAGGACUGUAGGAAAUUCCAUUUGCCGACUAGUUUAUUCUUUUCUUUCGUGGUGGUGUUUCCCCCUGUUUAUCGGUCGUAUUCCAAAUUUGUUGUUCAGUGUGCGAGGAGGGCAUUUCUGAAGGCAAAAGAAGAAGAAAAUGGCUUUCCUAAUGAAAAGCAUGCUGAGCAACCAGGUGAAAAAUUUGGGACUUGGAGGAGGGGGCGAAGAAAAAACAGAGGAUGCCGCUCCAAGCGACCCGGCUGCAGCAGCCGGAAUGACCAGGGAAGAGUAUGAGGAGUAUCAGAAGCAAGUCAUCGAAGAAAAAAUGGAAAGAGAUGCAGCCUUUGCACAAAAAAAGGCUGAGAGGGCUGUCCUGAGGGUCCAUAUGCGAGAGAAGUACAGACUUCCAAAGAGUGAAAUGGAUGAGAAUCAAAUCCAGAUGGCUGGUGAUGAUGUGGAUUUGCCAGAAGACCUCCAGAAAAUGGUGGCUGAAGAUCAAGUAGAAGAGGAAGACAAAGAUUCUAUUCUGGGACAGUUUCAGAACCUCCAAAAUAUGGACAUGGACACUAUCAAAGAGAAGGCCCAAGCUACUUUCACUGAUAUUAAGCAGAAAGCUGAAGAUAAAUGUUCUGUAAUGUAGUAGAGACAGUGACAAGAUCUGUGUACAGUUACUCACUAGCCAUGGAUUGGUACGGCUACUCCCACUGCUCAAUUGCCAGUUUGUAUUUGUAUGAGAAGUGUUUUGGGGUUUCCUUUCCAAAUAAUGUAAAACAAACAAACAAAUCAGAUAUAUAUCUACUGACAAAGAGCUGGUGGGAUUCCAAAACUGCAGAUGAUGAGCCCAAAGCUCUGGCUACUGUUUAAAAAAUAACUCUUUGCUUGGUGUUCACAAAAGAACCUCAUACUUCCAGAUUGUGAAUGGCACGAUAAAACUCACCUUGUUAAGUAUGAUAGAAGCCUUUUUAAUGAUUUUCAAUAAUUUCAUUUUCCAGGAUUUAAGAAAGAUACUAUAGUUUUCAUUCAGUUGGGUAUUAGAAAAGUGUUUCUUAGAUAGGGGAGUUUAAAGAUGUGUGAAGCCUAUUUUGCAUAUGGCCUUUGCUGAGCAAUAACAUUCUUAAAUAAAGGGAUAUCCAUUAUAUACAGCAUACAUGUUGUUAUGUUGUUAUGUAAAAGGACAAUAAAUAUUGUGUUAUAAAGGGA